AUGUUGGGGGGUUUAGUGUUGUUCUCGGUGCUGUUCUCUGUUUCGGUGGCGUUUGAUGUGGAGAGAUGUAGAAAUUUACCGGUUACGUUAAACAUUGUGCUGCUGGAGGAUGAAGAUUCAUUGUGGAGUUUGAAAUAUGUACAAUACGCUGUACAACAGGCCAUCGAGAGAGAAAACCAGGUCAUGAAUGCGUCAGGCCUGAACUUCACAAUCAAGAGCUACUUCCGUGGGUUUAACACCACAUAUUAUCGACGCCGAGGCUGUGGCAGCAGUACGUGUGAAGGAGUAGAGAUCCUCAAAUCACUGCAUAACACCAGCGAGGUCGGCUGUGUGAUGCUCGGACCAUCCUGCACAUUUGCCACCUUCCAGCUGGUUGAUCAAGAGGUGGGUUUGACUUUGACCAUACCCAUCAUAUCAGCGGGAAGUUUUGGCUUGUCAUGUGACUUCAAGGACAAACUAACUCGCCUCCUUCCUACAGCGCGGAAAGUCUCGAACUUCUUUGUUCAUUUCUGGAAUGUAACACAAUCUAGAAUCAAGCCGUUUUGGAAGACUGCUUACGUCUACAAACAACCAAACAUCUCUGAGGAAUGCUUUUGGUACAUUAAUGCACUGGAUGCAUCGACGGCUCAGUUCUCCACUCUGAUUAAAAGAAAAGUUUUACGCAGUAAGGAUGACAUUGAUCCUCUCAUCAAAACAGCUAAGAGACACAGCAACAUUUUUAUUCUCUGUGGAACCCCAGAUGACAUUAUUGCCAUUAAAAAUGGGACAAAUGUACACAAAGACACCGCCUUCAUCCUCAUAGACCUUUUUAAUCAUGGCUAUCACACCAACGCCUCAUCAUUUGACUUUAUGAGAGACGUACUGGUUUUAACCAUACACAGCAUGAGAAACUACAGUAUGUCCAUUGACUGGCCCUACAAUUCCACUACUCUGAAUGAUUAUGUCGCAGGCUAUUAUGAUAGCGUACUUCUUUUUGGGAAGAUAAUGAGGGAAAAGUUACAAGCAGCUCAGGACAUGGACUCUGGAGACACACACAACACCAGCAGUGAAAACCCCUUCCGAAACAACAUCUUUCAAGGAAUUGGUGGUCAAUAUGAGCUGGAUGAGAAUGGAGAUCGAGAUGUGAACUUCUCUUUAGUUUAUACAUCCAACACCAAUCAGUACAAGACAUUGUUUGUAUUUAACACAGCCACCAACAUGACCAAACUAAACCACAGUAAUCCUGAUCUACCCUGGUCAGGCUCUAGUCUGCCCCAUGACCAACCUGAUAAUGGCCUGGAGCCACAUGAUAUCAUAAUGAUUGUGCUUGGGAUUAGUGUUGUACUUGUUACUGCUAUUGCAUUGAUCUUCUACAGACAGAACAGGAGGCAGCGCUAUUAUCAGAAGAAAUGGUCUCAUAUAAACUCAGAUCUCAUCACUCCUGUAGAUAACAAAGAGUCAAGCCAUAUCUCUCUCAAAAUUGAUGAGGAUAAGAGGAGGGACAGCACUUAUCAGAACCAGAGGGGCCGCUAUGACAAAAAGCCUGUGAUUCUUAAAGAGCUAAGACAAACUGAUGGGAACUUCUCAGAGGACCAGAGAAUUGAAUUAAACGCUCUGCUGCGGAUCGAUUACUACAACCUGACCAAGUUCUACGGGACGGUGAAGUACGAGUACGGAGUGUUUGGCGUGUUUGAGUUCUGUGAAAGAGGUUCUCUCAGGUAUGUGCUCAAUGAUAAGAUCUCAUAUCCGGAGGAGAGCUUCAUGGACCUGGAGUUUAAAAUCUCUGUCAUGUACGAUAUAGCAAAGGGUAUGUCUUACCUGCACUCCAGUAACAUAGAGACGCAUGGCAGACUCAAAUCCACUAACUGUGUGGUGGACAACCGUAUGGUGGUGAAAAUCACAGAUUUUGGCUGUAACACUAUUCUUACACCUAGUAAAGAUCUGUGGACGGCUCCUGAACACAUGCGAGUGCUGGGAACCUCUCAGAAAGGCGAUGUGUACAGUUUCGCUAUCAUUGCUCAUGAGAUCAUGCUGAGAAAGUGUCCUUUCUACACAGAAAGCUGCUCUGAUAUAUCAGAAAAACUGUACCGAGUUCAGUGCCCAACUGGACCCAACGUUUUUAGACCAGAUCUCAACUUUGAGACUGCAGGAGAGAGGGAAGUGGAGCUGUGUGUGCUGAUUAAGAGCUGUUGGGACGAGGAUCCGGAUAAAAGGCCAGACUUUAAAAAGAUAGAGAACACCUUGGGGAAGAUUUUCAGUAAUCUGCAUGAUCAGGCUAAUGCUAGUUACAUGGAUAAUCUAAUCCGACGUCUGCAGAUGUACUCACGCAACCUGGAGCAUCUGGUGGAGGAGAGAACUGCUCUGUACAAGGCCGAGAGGGACCGAGCAGAUCAGCUCAACUUUAUGCUGUUGCCAGGGCCAGUGGUGCGUUCUCUAAAGGAGACGGGUCGCGUGGAGCCUGAGUUGUUUGAUGAGGUCACCAUAUACUUCAGUGAUAUAGUGGGCUUCACCACCCUGUGCCAUUACAGCACGCCAAUGGAAGUGGUGGACAUGCUGAAUGACAUGUACAAAAACUUUGACAGCAUCCUCGACAGUCAUGAUGUCUAUAAGGUGGAGACUAUCGGUGAUGCGUAUAUGGUGGCGUCUGGUUUGCCCAGGCGGAAUGGGAACAGACAUGCGGUGGAUAUCUGUCUCAUGGCUCUGGAUAUUCUGGAGUUUAUGGGAACCUUUCAGCUCCGACACCUACCAGGAAUACCGCUGUGGAUCCGGAUAGGUGUCCAUUCAGGACCCUGUGCUGCAGGUGUUGUGGGGAAUAAGAUGCCGAGAUACUGUUUAUUCGGGGACUCGGUAAACACUGCCUCUCGAAUGGAAUCAACAGGACUGCCUCUGAGGAUCCAUGUGAGUCAGUCCACCAUUGACAUCCUACAGAGGACAGACUGCCAGUUUGAGUAUGAGACAAGAGGAGAGACCUUCCUUAAGGGUAAAGGAAAGGAGAUGACUUACUGGCUGAAAGGUGUAACAGGAGCGCAGUACAACCUGCCCACCCCACCAACAGCAGAGAAUUUUCAGCGGCUGCAGCAGGACCUGGCUGAUUUAAUUGUGUCCACACUCUCCAAACGAGGAAACGAGAUCCGGAAAACACUGUCCACACGCCAGCGCAGGAGCCAGAGACAAGGCAGCGAUGGUCUUCCAGAGUACUUACACCUGACUGACCCAAGCACUUACCUAUAGUUCUUUCUUUCUCUGUUUCACACGUACACACACACACAAAACCAUUAAUACUAUGAUGGAAGCCCUGAUAACUGUAGAAUCACAGCUGAAACUGAGCACAGUUGUCCAGUUUCCUGCAUAAUUUAACUUAAACGCUCCUGACUUGUCAAAAGAUAUUUUGGACAGGGUACUAGUUUAUCACAGGGCAUAACCAACCAACCCUCAUACUUAGAUUAUUACACCUGCGGCAAUUAAGCAACAGCCAGUCAACUUACUGGCAUCUAUCACUGAGCUGAAAGAAUAAGUGCCCAGAAGUAACCAGCAAAAACACAGGAAGAAUGUACUAAACUCUGGUCAGUGAUCAGAGACAAGGAUAAAACCCAGUUUAAAGACAAGUGUAAAGACUAACAAUAGUAAAAUAAGUUGUAUUCUGAUUCAUUCAGAAGCUUCAGAACUUACAACUGUGCACUCAAUAAUCAGGAGAUUGAAAGGUGCAAUGGUGAGGAACCAUAGCAUAUGCAGGCAGGGUGGAUUUCUGAAAAGAUAAGUGCACAGUAAAAA